AUGUCCUCAACUCCCUCCCGUGGGGGGCCCUUCUGUCCUGUCUGUAAGAGGCUCCUAGAAGAUGCAGUGACUGUCACCUGUGGACACACCUUCUGCCGGCUGUGCCUACCCUCACUGUCUCAGAUGGGAGCUCAACCCUCCAGCAGGGUACUGCUCUGUCCCGUCUGUGAAGAGAAGGAGCAGAAGGAGGCCCUCCUGGUUCCAGUGCCCCUGGGUCCUCUGGGGGAGACAUAUUGCGAAGAGCAUGGAGAGAAGAUUUACUUCUUCUGUGAGAAUGAUGCCGAAUUCCUCUGUGUUUUCUGCCGGGAAGGUCCCUCCCACCAGUUCCACACUGUGUGCUUUCUGGACGAGGCCAUUCAGCCCUACCGGGAUCGUCUCAGGACUCGGCUAGAAGCACUGAGUUUGGAGAGAGAUGAGAUUGAAGACACAAAGUGCCGGGAAGACCAAAAGCUCCAAUCACUUUUGAGUCAGAUUGAAAGCAGAAGGAAGCAUGUGAAAGAGACUUUUGAGAAGUUGCAAAAGGAGCUUGGGGAGCAGCAAUAUCUUCUACUGUCCAGAUUGAAAGAAGUGGAGCAGCAGAUCUGGAAGGAGAGGGAUGAGUACACCUCAAAGCUCUCUGAGGAAGUUACUAGACUUGGACUUCAGGUCAAGGAGCUGGAGGAGAAGUGUCAGAGGCCAGCAACUGAUCUUCUACAUGAUGUCAGAGUCAACCAGAGCAGGAGUGACAUUAGAACUUUUGUGAGUCCAGACGCCAUUUCUUCUGACCUUGUCAAGAAGAUCCGUGAUCUCCACAGGAAAAUACUCACCCUUCCAGAGAUGACGAGGACCUUUUCAGAAAAGUUGAUGCGUCAUCUGGAAACAGAUUCAGAGACCAUCACCUUGGAUCCUGAGACAGCCAGCCCGAGCCUGAUCCUCUCCGAGGACAGGAAGUCAGUGCGGUACACCCGGCAAAAGCGGCAACUUCCCGACAGUCCCCGGCGCUUCGACACUCUCCCGGUGGUGCUGGGAUGCCAGGGCUUCUCCUCUGGACGUCAUCGCUGGCACGUGGAGGUGCAGCUGGGAGAAGACGGGGGAUGCACUGUGGGGGUAGCAGAGGAAGAGGUGAGGAGGAAGGGGGAACUGGGCUUGGAUGCCAGCGAUGGACUCUGGGCGGUGAUCCUCUCAAACCGGCAGUGCUGGGCCACCACGUCCCCGGACACCAAACUGCAUCUGAGUGAGAUCCCAAACUGUGUGGGUGUUGUCCUGGAUUACGAGGCGGGUCUAGUGGACCUGCUCAACGCUGAGACCCAGGAGUCCCUCUUCACCUUCAACACCUCCUUCUCUGGCAAAAUCUUUCCUUUCUUUGCCAUGUGGAGAAAAGGGUCCCGUCUUACUUUGAAAGACUGA